AUGGCUCCCGUCGAACCGCCGCCUGCAGGCAGCGUGAUGACGUACGAGCAGCUGCGGCAGGCGAAAAUGCAGGCGACGCAGCGCGCGUUCGCGGAGCUGCAGAGCCUGUCGGCGGAUUUAACCCAGGAGACCCGCCGGCAGGCCGGCGAGAAUCAGCAGCAGAAGCAGCCCCGACGGACGUGGACGCGGCGAAAGCUCUUCGACAAAGUUCGCCGAUCCGGCAGGCUUCAGAACUCCCCUGUAACCCAAUACGUCGAGCUGGACGACAAAACGCCAGAGCGCAGCACUACACGCCGAACCCGAGCCUGGCAGCUUCGUCCCAUGGGCUCGGCAGGCUCGGCCGAGGCUGGGAUGGUGGUUCGGUGCGGGAAGGAGGUGUACACGGAGGAAGACCUGAGGAAGCUUCGAGGGCAUGUGAAGCCGUAUGACAUCAGCGUUGAGCGAUUCAAGAACAGGGUCUAUGACCCUGUGAAUGGGAAGACAUGCCACCAAUGCAGGCAAAAGACGUUGGGGCUGCGCACCGAGUGUGCGGCGUGCAAGGAUCGCUCUGUGUGCGGGCAGUUCUGCGGAGACUGCCUGUUCGUUAGGUACGGCGAGAACAUAGAGGAGGCGCUAGCUGACCCCACGUGGGAAUGUCCGGUGUGUAGGGACAUCUGCAACUGCUCCAUCUGCAGAAACCGCAAGGGAUGGGGACCCACUGGACCGCUCUUUCACAAGGUACUGUCCCUCGGGUUCCCUUUCACCGGGUAG